GGUAGUCGGUGGCGGCGUCCCGCCCUCACGCCGGCCCUCAAGAGGGCGACGAGGAAGCGGCCGCCUCCCUGCGCCCCGCCCCUCGGGCUCGCUUGCUCGCUACCGGCUCCUCCCGACUUCUCCCGGCUCCUCCCGGCCCUCUACAGACUCCCUCGGGCUCCGGCUCCUGCUCGGCGGCGGCGGGCCUUCGCAGUGCUGCAGAAUGGCUGACCUCAGUCUGGCAGACGCACUCACAGAGCCAUCUCCGGAGGUUGAGGGGGAGAUUAAGCGAGACUUUAUUGCCACGCUGGAGGCAGAGCCCUAUGAAGAUGUUGUGGGAGAAACUGUUGGAAAAACAGACUAUAUUCCUCUCCUGGAUGUUGAUGAGAAAACAGGGAACUCAGAGUCAAAGAAGAAGGCCUGUCCAGAUACUAGCCAGGUUGAAGGUUCUCCAUCUUCUAAAGCAACAGUACUGGCCAACGGUGAUCAUGGACUAGGAGGGAAUGUCACCACAGGAUUUGCAACUCAGUUUUUUGAAGAGAAAAUGGCCUACCAGGAAUACCAGAAUAGCCAGACCUGGCCAGACGAUACAGACUUUGGUUUCCAGCCUGAGCAGCCGUUGAAUCCUGCCCAGAACGAUUCCUUUAAGAUGCACCAUGAUGAAGGCCUGCAAGACUUGCUCUUUCUCUCCAGCGGGGCAGCCAGUGCUUCAGCAUUUACCGGGCAGAAUGAUCCCCUCAAAGAUAGCUAUGGUCUGUCUCCCUGUGAUGUCUUGGCUGCUGAAGCCGUUGUGCCUCAAGGGUGGUCUGUAGAGGCCGCCAGCUCUCCACACUCAGCACCAUUUGUUUCCUCAGAAGCCACUACACAACCACAGCAGCCAACAACAGAGCUGGCUGAGCGGAUACAUGUAAUAUCAGCAGAGGAAUCAUCGGACAUAGCGAUAGGACCGAAGACUACUGACAAGGCACCAGUCACAGAAACAGAAAUGGCAUUGAUGAAAGAUAUGGAACCACCCACACAACCGGAAAUGGACUUGGCUGAGCACAUGACACCAACCACGGAAUCACAGAAGACACUGGCUGAAGAUAUAGAAUCACCCACCAAAUUUGAAGUACUGGCCAAAGACAUGGCACCAACCAUAGAAUCAGAAAUAGCAUUGGCUAAAGAUACGAAACUGCUUGCUAAAUCGGAUAUGGCACCAUCCAAGGACUUGACACUGGCCGCAGAAUUGGAAAUGUCAUUGGAUGAAGAUAUAGAACCACCUGUCCAAUCGGAAGUAACACUGGCACAACCAUCCAGUGAGUCUGAUAUGGUCUUCUCCAAGGACACGGUACUCCCUGUAGAAACAGAGGUGACUUCUGAUAAAGACAUUGUGUUAACCAAUGAAACAGUGCUUACCCCGGCCAAGGAUGUGACAUUGUUCAAGGAAACACAGAGGGUACCAUCCGUAAAAAUGGACUUGACCCCAGCUGAGGGCAUGACUCCACUCAAAGAAAGAGAGCUACUCCCAGAAAUAGAAGUGGCAGUGGAUAAAGAAAUGGUAUCAUCUCCAGAAAUACCCCCAACUAAGGAAAUCACGCUGUCUGGGGACAUGACACCACCCCCAGAAACCCAGGUGUUCUUGAUGAAAGAUGCAGAGCUUCCUCUGGAAAAAGAAGUAGCCUCAGUCAAGGACAUUACUCCAACCCCUGAAGAAACAAAAGCGGUCACAGGCAAGGAUGUGACUGUUCCUCCAGAAACAGAAAUGACCCAAGUCACCAGUCUGAGUCCAUCCCUGGGGAAAGAGGAAACCCCAAUCAAAGAAGUGCCUCCGACUCCGGAAGCAGAGGUGGCCAUGGCAAAAGGCCUUCCUUUAACCCCAGAAGCAGUAGUGCUGGCUAAGGAUGUGUCUCUUUCCUCUGGACCAGAAGUGACUCUGUCCAACAGUGUGACUCCAACCAGGAAUGUUGCAGUGCUCUCAGAAAUAGAGGUGGCACCAGUUCCCGUUGAAGAUGUGGAAAUCACAAAGAUGGGGGAAGGAAUGAGUGAGGAUUCCCCAAUAAAAUCUCUCCUGGAUGUGGAACCAUCAGCUGCACCUCCUUCCACGACAUCAUCAGAACCAGUCACCGCUGAGGGCCAAAAGUGCAGCUUGCCAACAGAUGGGGACUCUGUGGAGAAAUUGGAGCAAAAGAAACCAUUCAGCAGUCAAUCCCCUGAACUUUCUCUGGAGACCUCAGGUACCCCUCCCACACAAGCCAAACAAGUUUGCAGACCCAGUGGCCGCAGGUGCAUCCGGCCCAAGCCUGCCAAGCUCCUGCAAGAGCUACCAGCAGGUUCCCAUCCCUGGAAGACUCUUGAUUCUAGGCCGGGCCCCUUCCCUGUGUCUGAGUUGGGUUGGGUCUCCAGCUCAUCUUCCAGUGGUGAGCCUGGGAACCAAAGGAGAAGUGUUCAUGGUGACAUCUUUGAAUCCCAGAGGGAUCCUGGCAGGGAGGCCUGGGAUAUUGAAAACACUGCAGUGAUGGUAAAGAAGAAGAAGAAGAAACCAAAGCAGAAGAGAUAUGGUCAGCCCCGGACUGGGGGGGCUUGGGAUGAUGACGGUCCUGAUGACCCUCAGGGUCAUUGCAUUGCAGCCGACCCACGAGAAGCUGCUGUUCUCCCCUGCCAGUCUGUCACACUGGGCCCAAGGAUAGCUGACCCCAGAACAAUCAAACUGGCACCUGAGGACUCUGUUUCUGAGAGUCUCCAUGUGCCAUCAUGUCCCUCAGAAGAACCUCUUAAAACUUCAGUCACUUCUCUGCCGAAGUUUGGGCUGGAGCAUAAGGACAGAGAUGACAAGUCUGUGCCACAAAGCCAAGAUGCUAGAUUGCUGCCGGCGCCCUACCUGAAGGCUUCUGUGGCUCAAAGCCCUCCCCAUCUAAAGGGAUCCCCGACAGAAGUUUCUGCUCCCAAUAGAGAGACUCUUGUAGAGGCCAGAUCCAAAGAAGGUGGCUCUCCUAUCUCGAACCAAAAAAAUAUUGCGGAAGUUUCAAAAUCCCCAACAGCAAAAGAACUACCUGAUUGGAUGCCCACUCUGACAGCAAGUAAUCGAUUAGAAAGUAAUGUUAAGGAGGGGAAUGAUGACAGUAAAAUGACUACCCUACAGAAUUUCAGACAAAAAGAAACAGAGGAAAUUAAAGGACAAAAACAGAAAGCAUUUCCCAAGCAAAUAGAAGAGAUCAGCAUCUUUGCACCUGAGAAGCUGCAGAAACAGGUGUUAGUUGAGGGCCCUGGGCUAGGUAAUGAACUGUUUAAGACAUUUGUAGGUGAUGGAAAAAGCAGGAAAGGCAGGAUUGGUUCAGGAAAGGUGAAACCAAAUUCCAGCAAGAUAAAAGAGAAACCUGACCGGCCACUGUUUCUGGACAGCCAGAAGGAUGGAAAGACUGCCAUGGUGCCAAAUGAUCCAGGUCCUGCAACUCAGAAAGGGACCCCUGGGAGUCCAAGUGAGGCCCAGAUCCCAGACCCUUUAAAAUCAACAGAGUGCAGAUUAGAUCUUACUGAAACAGUGGCUAUGAGGGAAUCUAAGGAGACCACUGACCCUAGAGGGGCAGACACAUUGAAGGCAUUGACUUCUUUGGAUUAUGGGUCUAGCGUGACUCUGGAUUCUUGUGUUAGGACAAAAGAAGCAGCGCUAGUCGAAGAUAAGGGUGUCAGUAACCAGAGCAAAAAAGAAGAGUGUCCUUGCAUGGAACAUGACACAUUGACCUGCAUUUCUGAAAAGCCUAAGAAGAGAGGCCGUGAAGGCAAAACCAAAAAAUUUAAAAAUAAUUAUUCAAUACAGCUAGCUAAAAUGGAGAGCAAGGAAGAAAUCCUCAACCCACCUUUGGUGGAGAAAAAUAGAGGAGAUACCACUGAUGGCAUUCCUCAUAAAAAUAAGGACUUAGACCCCAUUUCCCCAAAAAUGCGUGAUGCUUUGUUCUCACAUGCACCAGUGGUUGACAGCAUCGAUAGAAAUGUUGAAGUUGGUUCUGUUGAGCUUAGCAUUCUUGAGGGAGACAAAGUAAAAACAGUUAAGAAUUCUGCUGUUACAGAACCAGCUGCCAAGAAGACAAAUGUCAGCUGCCCAGAGCAAAUACAAGGGGCAAAAUUUAUUCCUUUAGCACUGUCUGAGGAGAGCAAGACAGACACAACCAAGGAACAUACUGCAGUGGUGGAUAAACCAAGUAAAAGGAGCAGUGAUGGAAAAAGUAAAAAGGUUAAAAGUGGUUUUCCCCAGAAGCAUAUUCUCGAGAGUAAGAUAGAUACAACAAAAAUACUUGUUCCCAUGGAAACCACAGGGGACCACAGAGUUGAAGGAAUGGGCUAUGUAGAUGAAAAUAGAAAUAUUACAUUUACCUGUCCUAAGACAGCAGUAGGGGUAGUGAAUCAGUCAGUUCCUCUAGGGACUGUGGAAUCAGCAGCCUGUGAAAAACUGCCCGUCCCUACUGCUCAGGCUGUAAGGGAAGGUAGCUCACACCCAGAUACCUUGGCAAAGCAAGAGAAAGCCCCAGACGAGAGUUCCAAAUUGUUAGUAGUCAGUGGAUGCAACAAUGAUGGAUUCCCAGAUCCAGAAAAGCCCACACCUGUCUCUGCAGUUUUCCCCUCGGCAAGUGCAGAAGGAAUUGCCCUGACUUUUUCUGCAGUUGUGGAAACAGGUUACAGUUGUGGAGACCACUGUUUUAAGAAUAAAGGUGAGCUUGCUGGCCCCAUCAAAAAUGAAGCGGGGAUAGGUGAAGGGCAUGUGGGAGGGGAAUCUGAGUCAGUGCACAGUGUGGCAUCUCAGCAUUUAGUGGACAAAGUCACAGAGCAAGCCAAGGGACACCUUAUUCCUGAAGUGCUCAGAGAAGACCAGAGCCUGCCGGGAACGGCCAGAGUCCCAGAGGCACAUCCCGCCAGGGACAGUUGCUCCACAUUUCCAGGAAACAGUAAGACCGAAGCAGAUCCCACUGCAGUUCAAAAACCUGAGUUAAUGGGAAAUAAGGGACAAAAGCUCAGUUUUUGUGAGGACCAAAAUGCUGAGCAUAGAAAUUGUAAGGACCCAGCUAGUUUGAAUAAGGAAGUGGAUGUUAUUCUUCCACCUUCCAAAAAUGAAAGGGACAAAUUGAAAGAAAGCACAGAAUUGGAGCUUGUUUCCUUGCCAACCUCAGACUUACCAUCAGAUACUUUCUCUGGUGAAGUUGAAGCUCCACCAGAAGUGGUAGAAACAUUAGGAAUGACUGUUUCCAAGGAUCCUCAAUGCUCAGAACUCAAGGAUAAGAGUGUGGAAUCACCUCAGGACAUGACUGCAAAAGUUGAACCAAAGACACUGAGUGAAAAGAAGAAGGAAGGUAAAAGAGAGACAGAACCCAUGAAAGGUUAUAUGAGACCUACCAAGUCCCGAGGACUUACUCCACCUUUGCCAAAAUCUACAAUUCAGGAACAAGAGAAGUCCAAGCAACGGAAGUCCAGUGGAGUAGCCCGACCGGAUGAAGGACGGCCUGCUGUGAGUGUGACCGGAAAUGACAUCACCACCCCACCAAACAAGGAGCUCCCACCAAGCCCAGAGAAGAAAACAAAGCUUUUGGCUUCUACACAACCUGCAAAGACUUCAACAACAUCGAAAGCCAAAACACAGCCCACUUCUCUCCCUAAGCAGCCAGCUCCCACCACCAGUGGUGGGAUGAAUAAAAAACCCAUGAGCCUUGCUUCAGGCUUAGUAGCAGCUGCCCCACCCAAACGCCCUGCUGCCUCCACUGCCAGGCCUUCCACCUUACCUGCAAGAGACGCAAAGCCAAAGUCCACUGCAGAGGCAAAGACUGCUGAGAAGCGGACUCCCCCAGCCAAGCCGGCCUCUGCCCCAGCCCUCAGACCUGGAUCCAGGAGCACCCAGACUGCUCUAAAAACCACAACAUCUGCCACUCCUGCUUCACCUGGGCAAAGCAGUAGGAGCCCCCCAGCACCUGUGCCCAAAAAGCCCACUACCAUCAAGCCUGAGGGUAAACCUACAGACGUCAGGAAGGUGACUUCCAGGUCUGCACCAGUUGACCUGAGUCGGUCCAAGAGCACCUCAGUUACUUCUGUGAAGAAAAGCAACACUGUCCCUGGAGCGGCUCCCUCAGCAGUGGCUCCCACGCGAGUCAAAACCACACCCACGUUACCCCGGUCCUCCACAACUUCUUCAGCUGACAAGAAGCCCACCUCCACCAAGCCCAGUGCCUCUGCUCCAAGGCUGAGCCGCCUGACAACCACUACUUCUGCCCCCGACCUGAAGAAUGUUCGUUCGAAGGUCGGUUCCACAGAAAACAUCAAGCACCAGCCUGGAGGUGGCCGGGCCAAAGUAGAGAAAAAAACAGAGGCAGCUGCUCCGGCUCGAAAGCCUGAACCCAAUGCAGUCCCUAAAGCAGCCGGCCCAGUUGCGAGUGCACAGAAAUCGCCUGCUGGGAAAGUCCAGAUAGUCUCCAAAAAAGUGAGCUACAGCCAUAUUCAGUCCAAGUGUGGUUCCAAGGACAAUAUUAAGCAUGUCCCUGGAGGUGGUAAUGUUCAGAUUCAGAACAAGAAAGUCGACAUCUCAAAGGUCUCUUCCAAGUGUGGGUCCAAGGCUAACAUCAAGCACAAGCCUGGCGGAGGUGAUGUCAAGAUUGAAAGUCAGAAGCUGAACUUCAAGGAGAAGGCCCAGGCAAAGGUGGGAUCCCUCGAUAAUGUGGGCCACCUGCCUGCAGGAGGCGCUGUGAAGACUGAGGGCGGUGGCAGCGAGGCCCCUCCGUGUCACGGCCCCCCCGCUGGGGAGGAGCUGGCCUGCUCUGAGGCGGCGCCUGGAGCUGGCACCCCCACUUCAGCCAGCGGCCUCAGUGGCCACACCACCCUGUCAGGGGGUGGUGACCAAAGGGAGGCCCAGACCUUGGACAGCCAGAUCCAGGAGACAAGCAUCUAAUGAUGACAUUCUGGUCUCGUCUUCCGUCUCCCCUGUGUUCCCCCUCUUGUCUCCCGUGUCCCCCUCUCCUUCCCCUCCUCCCGUGUCACUGCAGAUUGAGACCUACAGGCUGACGUUCCGGGCCAAUGCCAGGGCCCGCACCGACCAUGGGGCCGACAUUGUCUUCCGCCCUCCCCACUUCCCUGGUGGCCCCAGCUUGGGCUCGCGGGCCCUUGGCCACCUCCCCCGGGCUGUCCACUAGAGCUAGGCGCACUUGGGUGCUGGGCUGCCCUCAGGUGCCCCCCGUUCCCGCCGCACUUGCUUAGGGCAGCAGUAGCAGCCCAUCCCUGAUGGUUCCUUCCACUCGCUGCUUCAUCCCCAUUACCAUCAUCCAUUGCGCCACUGCUCAGCCAAUUGCAGGAGGUGUGGGGGUACGGUCUGAGCUGGGAUCUGCGUGGGGAGGACCGGAUUUCAGCCAAACUCUGAAGAAACUGACACAUCCCUCCUCCCUGGAGCAGUGGAGUUUGCUUCCACAUGGUGGCCAGGUCCUGCCCUGUCCCCUGGAGCCCUAGAGCUCAGUAGGGUGCCCACUGCUGCAGUGCAGGCAGCACUAGCCCCACGCUGCCUUGCCCUAGGCUAGUUAGGGUAGGGCUGCCUGUCCCACUGCUACUGCGUCUGCCAGCUGCUCUCACACACUCUUGCAUUUUACCCUUUUCUUCUAAUAACCUAAAACCUGGUGGGUAGUUUGGCAGAUUGAAGCCAUGUCUCAGUGAAUGUCCUCAGUAGGUGUAGAAGGAGAUGGAGGAAUGUCCUUAUGCCUUUACCUAAGAAGAUGUCAGGCAUCGGGGCUGUCCUGCAGUGGACAGCCUGGGGCUUGGAGGCAGGUGGACAGAGGCUGUGGCCUGGUGAGCAAGUCAGGCACAUUAGCAACUGAUCCAUGUGGCCUGGUGCUGAUGGCGUUCUGGGAGUUUGCUUCUUGUCUAACCCUGAGAGGCUGGUUUUGGUGCCUGCCCCCAUUACCUGGGAUGCAGAAUACAAG